UGCACCAUAAUCAGAACAUGGAGUACUGCUAGUUGAUCAUGGAAAACGAGUCAAACGAUGUUGUGUUGAAUUUUCACGAUAGUCUGCUGUAUAAAGCUGAUGUCAGCUUACUAGACGACCAAAAAUGGUUGAAUGACAAACUUUUGGGAUUUUGCUUCGAGUAUUUUGAAAGAGAGAAGUUUAACCAUUCUGCUGACAAACUUAGCUUAAUAAAUCCUGAUGUUGCACAGUGUAUCAAGCUUCUUCCUAGUGACCAGUUAGGAGAGUUCCUGGAGCCUUUGAAUCUCCCCUCAAAGCAGUAUGUCUUCCUUCCAGUCAAUGACAAUUCACAGUGUGAACAGACUGGUGGAUCUCACUGGAGUCUACUGGUGUACAUAAGAAGUCGACAGGAGUUCAGACAUUAUGAUUCCAGUAAACACACAAACCAAGAGGAAGCCAAGAGAUUGGCUUAUAAACUACAACCAUAUGUCCUAGCUCCCAUGGGUCGCAUGAAAUUCCUGGAAAUGGAUGGACCCCAGCAAAAUAACUCAUACGACUGUGGAGUGUUUGUCAUAGCUACAGCUGAACAUUUGUGUAAAGAGCUUUGUGAGGGAUAUAGUAUACCAUUGAAUGACAUAGUCACCCCAAAAACAGUCACAGAGACCCGGCGAAAGAUUAAAGACCUGAUUUAUCAAACGGCCAAGGAGUAUUCAGGGAGCUGAAUAUGAAGUAGGGUUAAAUAUAAUGAAUGUAACAAUUGAAAUGCAUUGUUUAAACUGAGGCAUUUAAUUUCCAUCUGGUCAAAAAAUUGUUAUUUUUGUAUGUUUUGUUUAAAUAUCUAAAACUUUAAUUUACCUA